UGCCGUUGCGGCUGGUGCUGAACCGGGUGGAGGGCCAGGUUUCCAAGGGGGCUCCUUCACUCACGGGCAUAAUAAAGGGUCUCAUGGGCCACGAAUGACCAGAACUGGCAUCAACAAUCAGUAUUCCACGGCCUCGAUUUGCACAAACAAGGAGAAAAUGGGCGGACUGUUAUCCAGAUAUGCAAUCGUCCUAUCGCAGAGAUUCUCAAAGCCAUUUAAUUUUUUUCCUAAAAAGACGAAAGGCAAUAUUAUUGCCAUUAGAAUAGAAUAGAUGGUGGUUAAUAUACAGCAAGGACUGUUUUAAAUGGUUGGAUAGACAAGGCUUUCUAACAGAAUGCCCCUCCCUUUAAACAUAUCAUUCUCUCAAAUAUCCUUUUUGUGUGUAUAUAUAUAUAUCUAUAUGUGUUUGUGUGUGUAUGUGUACCAAAAGUGACACACAGUUAAAUUUUACGUAGGCGCUAAUGCUGCCUUCAUAAAAUGAGUGGAGGCUAUGGUUUUUAUGUAUAAUGGCCCAACUGGAGCUACAAUAGGAAUCUGGUUAUUUGCCGGAUUAUCAAUCUCAUUCUGUAAAUUCCAGCAGGGUUGACAUCCUCCAGAUCCUGGACAUCCUUAGAUGAUGUCAUCUGAUGUGACCCAAGAGGCCUGUUUUCUCUGCCACAACAUUUGACUUAUGGAGCACCCCCCUGCCCCCGCCCCCCAAUUUGGUUGGCUACAACAUGGUCACCUUUAACAAGAUCUACUUGCUCCUCAACAGGCUGAUCGAGGAUGGUAUAUGAGUGUGUGGCAAUUAUUAUGAGUUGUUAUCUAUCUGGCACUCAUACAGCAUGUUUUAUUAUCUUUAUUAUGUUACCUUUUUCCUUUAUGUUUUUAAUCUUUGUUAGUUGCUCAAAGUCACCUGGCAAGUGGGCAGAUACAAACACUGAAAAAUAAGUCCAUCCAUCUAUUUACCUGCACUGCAAAAAUCCAGAGAAUACUGGAAGGUGGCUACAGAAAACAUUAGCACUGGUCUUCUGGACUUUUGCAGCCCAGCUAUGCUACUUUUAGUUCUUAUAUUUAUAAGAUCAUAGAUCCCAACUUAAUCCAACAUUUUCUUAAAGCAAUAGCCAUCUGGCAGUCCAUAAAUAAAAGAUAAAGACAGACCCACUCCCCCAAUUGUUAUCCCAUAACUGAUAUUUGGAGACUUACUAUAAUUAAUCUAUAGACAACAUUUUAUCUUCAAGACAGAUAACUUGUAAAACCAGUUCUCAGUGAUUUUUUUUCAAUCUUUAAAUCAAUCCAAAUUAGUGACUGUUGUCAUAUUCUGCACUAAUGAAUUACAGACAUUAUGAUGCACAGCAGAAGUGCUUUCUUCUACUUGUUUUAAGUCUCCUUCUAAUCAGGUUUAUUGGAUGACCCUAGUCCUGGUGUUCUUAGAGGAGGAGAUAAAAUCAUAUCCUUGUUCAGCUUUCUGAGCAUUAUUUUCUACAUAGUUACAUUGAAUGAUGUUUGAUUGGUUAUUCAAACAAUUUGAAGACAGUCUUCUGGAACUCUUCUCAAUUGUGUUUGGUUCAAUUUUCUCUGCAAAUAUGGCCAGCUUACUGUUUCCUCCUAAUUAUCAGUAUUUGUAAAACACUCAUUUCAGUUGCACUUUUUACUUCCUUAUCCAUGUACUGCAGUCCUAUUUUUACUUUCUGUUUAUAACUAGUUUAUAAGCAGGCAGUUUCUUUCAUCCCAUGAUUAUUGCUACGUUUAUUCAAAAGCUUUUGAUGAGACACUCACAAAAUACAAACAAUUUCUAAUAAGUACAUCACAUGAAACCACAAAGAAAAGUUGUGCCUAUGAACACUUAACUGUUCCACAAUUCUCCUAUAGAUGUAAAUAUAGUUUCUGAAAACAAAGUUGUUCAUAUCGUCUGCUCUUUCCUACUUGAAGAGUGGUUUUGUUACACCUACCUUACAGCUCUCACUAUGUUUUCUUUACAGUUACCAAUACAGUUCAAUAUUUGUUACUAGACAAAGACUUUUAUUGUUUUCCUCUACAAAGGAAACAUGUCAUUUUUCUGUUCUGAUUCAUGUGAUCCUGUGUGAAUAGAAGCUUCUGAUAUUACCUGUUCUCUAGUUGGGGUAAAAUUAUAUAAGAUUUCCAGCACACUACAAUGCAAUUGACUCUGCACUCACCCAGCUCCAUUUAGUUCUGAAACAGGAAUUACAUCUUCAUGUUUGUUGUUUGAAGGAGUCUUUUAAGAAGGACUUCUGGCAUUUUUAUUAUACCAUUUUCUAAGGCAGGGCAUUAAAGAAGUAUUGUAGCAGAUGCAGGAUAAUGCUGUAAAUAGUAAUGCUUUUUAAAAACAGAUUUUUACAAAACUCUGAAUUUAUUUCCAUUCACAUAGGAUCGACAGGCAUCUUACACUUUUUAUCAUGGAUUUACAGUAUAAGGUCUCAACCAGCAUCUUCUCUUUCUAUCCCACUAGACAUUGUAAAAUGCUUCAUUCUUAAGGUUACCAUCAGGCCCAUCUGUCCCCAGCAAGGAAGCUUAUUUUUUAAAGGGCAAAGGUGGGAACACAGACUGCUUCUGAAGCCAUGAGUACAAAUAACCAAUGGGAUGUAAACAAAGCACUUACUCUUGCUAGUCUUUUCCAUUUUCUUUAUGGUGCAGGAAAUGCUUGUGCAAUCCCAUUUUUAACUCUCUACUUUCGGCAGCUUGGUCUGACUGCACCUCUAGUAGGGAUUAUAAUAGGACUCAAACAUUUAAUCACUUCUCUUUGGGCCCCACUAUGUUCUUACCUAUCAAAAACCCACAAUAAAAGGAAAGUAUUUAUUAGUGGAUCAUUAUUUUGCUCAGUUGGAACAGGUUUGCUACUUACACUCAUCCCACCAGUGAGCAAAGAUAUUAUCUAUAAAUAUUGCAACAUGAGCCAGCAUCCCACUAAACAACUGACUACAACGCAAGUGCCUGAUAUAAAUAUGAACCAUCUGAGUGCAAUGAAUGGCAACUCUUUUGCCAAUAACAAAAUAUGGUCUACAGAAUCACUUGGAAUGAUCUCAAAGGAACAAGAGUCUACGAGAAAACCAACAGUAAUGUAUACCUCAUUCAAAAUAAAAAGUAUAAAAACUCCUAUAAUAAAACAAGGUGGUAAUGAGGUUAAUAUAAAGCCACAGCAAUUCAUAGAUGCUUCUUCUAGUGUGACAUCUGGUAUUUCUGGGGAAGCUAUUGUUCCAGCAGAACAAAAUUUGGAAAAAACUACUGUGAAUGUGCCUUUGAAAGGAACUGCUGGCAUCGUGACUAACAAAGAAAAUGCUGACAAAAAUGACUCAAGAAGAAAUAGUAACUUCAUACUUUACACAAUCCAAUUACCUGUUACAGAGGUACCUUAUGUACUGAAAAAUGUAUCAGGGCGCAGGGAAAGAGCACAAGAUGUAAGUUCUCCGUUACUUCAGGGUACUGACUUCUUGGACAGUGAGCAUCAGGUCUUCCUUAUGGUGUUAGGUGCUGUUGUCCUUUGGGAGCUGCUGGCCGGACCUCUUGAGUGGAUGGUUGAUGACAGUCUCUAUGAAUACCUUGACUUUGUGGAUGCUGCUGACAGAUAUGAGAACCUUUGGAUCUGGAGCUACUUAGGAGCAUCUCUGGGUGUCUGUAGCACCGCAAUAUUUGUGGACCAACUGAGUUGCUUUUUGAGUAAUAAUAUUCCACGUUUUGCAGUGCAUUUCUAUGGUUAUGCCUUGUUCAUGACACUGACGUUACUUGUCAGUACCUUCUUUCCCAUCUAUGUGUCAGAAAAAAAUGAACAUGUCAAUAAAACAGCUAAAGCUUUGAACCUCAUUGGGAGUGACGGUCGAACCAUCCUGUGUGCUGUCACUAUCUUCCUCACAGGAGCUAUUGGGUCAACUGUGCAGAACUUUCUUUUCUGGCAAAUGCAAGACCAAGGCAGUCAUGAAUUAUUCAUGGGCCUCUCGGUGACUAUUGGACUAAUUGCUGAAAUCCUGCUCUAUAUCUUCAAAAGCAAACUGCUGAAGGCUCUCUCUGUUGGUGGCACAGUUGCCUUGGGAUUAAGUUGCCUGGCAGCACAACUGCUCUACUAUUCUUUCCUCUGGAAUUCCUGGGCUGUGCUGCCAAUCCAGGUUUUCUGCGCCUUCAGCAAUGGUGCGUUAUGGUGGGCAGUGAACAUGCUAACAGACGACGUUGCCACUCCUGGCACAGAAAGGUCUCUGCACUUGGUCCUUCAAGGCCUCUCUCAUGGAUGUGGAGCCAGUUUAGGCAGUUUUGCAGGAGGGUUUGUUGUGAACAGCUUUGGUUUAGCAAUGCUCUACAGAGCAUGUUCCAUUACCUUAAUAUUAUGGCUAGUUUUAUUCUUGGUUGUUCAAUCUAAAUUACCACGACAGAAAAGGAUUAAUUAUUCCCGUCUCUUAGCUGCGGAUUCUAGUGAUAUGAGUGAUUCUGAUUAUGAUGAAGAGAAAGAAAGAGACUGGCUUGUAAAAGCUAUGAAAGAUGACAACUUUACUAGGAAUUGGUAACUGAUACUGGAUUUCAACGGUCACUUCAUCAGAAAGUAGACUACGGCGAAUUAGGGUGAAGUUUUUAGAAAUAAUCCAUACCGGAUCUGUAUUGGCAGUUGAUUUUAUGAUGUACAUAUUUGCUCAGGAAAUUAUUAUAAAGAUUUUAUAAAGAUUUUAUUUUCUUAAGAUUAAUUUAUUGUACAUAUUUAUAGCAAGUCUGCUUUUCUAAAAUGUUUAUUUUCAAAACUAAGGAAAGGGGGCUUUCAACAGAAAUACUGUGGAGUUUGUUUUUCCCUUUAUGAGAAUUGGCUUUAUGGAAAUUGAUCAUUUUUUAAAAUACAGAAUUCUUGCAUAAAAUGCUUCCCUUCUUUUAAUCACAAUUAGUUACUUUAAAAAUGUUCUGCUUGCUUUUCUUUUUUAAAAUUAAAGAUAUUUCAGUAUUUUGAAAACUGAGCUGAAAUUCUAGGACACCAUCUAAUUCUUUAGAAUGGUAUUUUUCUUAAAUCUACAAGAUACAUUUGAUCUAAUGUUUAAAAUGUUCAUAUAUUAUAAUAUCUUUUCCCAAUAGUUGAAAUAUGACCAUAAAACCCUCACAAACUAUACAUUAGGGGUUAUAAAUUAGAAUGGUCACUUAUUUCCUGUCCAAAUGGAAAACAAACAUGCAUAGCAUUUGCACAUGGAAAUUUAUAUUUAUACAUUGUAAAUAUAGAGAUAAAUGGAAAUAUAUAUAUCACCAUAAUGAAGGAGCCUGUAUAAUGAAGGAGUAUUAGGUGCUGAUGAUUUUAGCUGCUACUUUCCCUUUUUGUUGUCUUUUAAACCAGAUUUGGCCUUCAAAUAGGAGAUUCUUCUCUAUAAAAUGUGUUCACACAAGCAGUUUACACAUGGGUUUAACAUUCUAUAUUGCAUUAAUAAUAUUUAGAAAAUUCUCAUGUUUCUAUAUAUCUUCAGGAUAUAUGGAAAAGAUUAUUUUGAUUUUUUCCUGUAUGUUUUAUUCUUCCAGUAUAAAAUAGAAUCUUUUGUAAGUAUCAGAGAGUUUGUCUAAAUACACAGCUGUAAUACAAUCUGGUUUAAGAGAUUUCUUUGUUCAGAACAAAAAGGCAAUAAUAACAAACUGCUUUGAGGGCUAUGGCCUUACAGUAAAGUACCUGAUACUCGACAAGCUGUUUAUUUAGAAAAUGCACUAUUAGCAAUAAUUGCCUUUGUAUGUACAAUUACUGAAGAAUGGACUAAAGUUUCAGAAGAAUGUUGUAAGAAUCAUGGAAAAAAUAAUAUUUCCAAUUUCAUGGUAGAAAUAAAUUCACAUGCUAUCUCCACAAGUUUGCUCCAUUUGGCAGUUAAUAUUAAGCAUCAGCUCACUCUAUUUUUCCAAUAAAAACUGUUGCUGCUAACAA